UUUGUGACGCUUGAAUGAAAAGAACGAGAAGAACAAGGCAGCUGAAGUUGAAAUAGAUAUAGAGAUAUGUCUAUCAUGGGAUUUGGGGCGACCUGUGAGUGAAAGAAGCUUAGGUGUGGCAGUUUGUUUUUCUUGUGUCUGUACAUGAUGAUAUUGGUCGGUGGUUGUAGUAUAAUUUGGUGAUCGGCGGUGGCUGUAUUAACUUGUAGUGGUUGCUCUUGCUCCCUCUUGCUUGUUUAUGUUAAUUAAGGGAAUUGAGGUGAAGGUCUAGUGUUACCCAUAGCAUAAUAAUAUACGAUACAUAACUGGUUUCUUUGCUAGCAUUACUUCAUUUGUUUCAACAACAGCAAAAAAGAAAUCCCUUAACCUUUCUUAAAAACGGACACUUUGUUACCGUGCAUUGAGAAUACCCUUGGAGAAGCUUCUGAACUACAUUACACAUAGGUCUAUGUGGUGCUUGAGGCCAGAGGUUUGAGUUGUAUUGUCAAAACUCCUUCGGGCCUCCGCACUCUGUGUACUAGGUCGGCGUAUCAGGUCUAGUUUGACCUAGCCAAAAGCUGCCCUGGGGGUGUCCUGCUCAUAGGGUUCUAGGGCCUAGUCGCCAGAGUUUGGCCCUUGAUGUGCGAGAAAUUUGCUAUUUUGCCACUCUCAAUUUUGGCGCCUUGAGAGUGUCGGCUACAAUUUCUACCGAUGAAGAUCCUCUAGAGAGAUCAAGUGUUACUUUGAUGAAGUGUCUAUCUUAUUUACGGUGAACAUAAAGAAAUCAUUCUUUAAAGACCUGAGUUCUUGUUUUGUUUUAUUUUUUCUUCUCUUGGUCUUUCAUCUUUGCUCUUUUGUUGGAUCUUUCCAAUAUGAGCUCUUGGAAACUUUUUAGUUCGAUCGAAAUGAUUCAGUUUGAACAUAAAAAUCCAUGUUUUUGAGCAAAGUUGAGAAAACCACAAACUAGAGGAUGGUUCCUUGGAUUCCUAGAAUUUCUUUGAUGUGUGGAUACCAUGAAAAUAUCCUAAAGAAGGCGUAUGCAAAAGUUCAUUUGGUAGAGUUUUGACUUUUUAUCUUUUGGUUCAGGCUAUUGGAAGCUAUUUGUGUGGCACUGACGUGUGAAAGCACAACACUACCGUAUUGAGUGUUGUUGCAUUUUUUGUCGUUGGAGCUAAAAUUUUGUGGAUACCUUGAAAAUAUCCUAGAGAAGGUGUGUACAAAAUCUUAGCUUAAUUGAAGUUCAUUUGGUAGAGUUUUGACUUUUUAUCUUUUUGUUCAUGUUGUUGGAAGCCAUUUGUGUGGCACUGAAGUGUGAAAGCACAACACUACCACAUUGAUUUUUGUUGUUGCAUUUUUCUCUGUGUGGUUUGUUCUGUAGUGUUUAUUUCACAAUUUUAAGCACAUAUUGCCAUUGGUUUACAUUUGUGUGUUCUCGUGUGAGUGUUGGCUCUUUUUGUUCUUGGGAUCGAAACCAAGAUCAUCUUAAUAAACAAUUUUUUUUAUUAGAUUCCAUUAUUCUCCAUCUAGCCACCUUGUAUGGUCCUUUAACUUGAAAAUGUUUUCUAAUAACCUUAAAAUAACUAGAGAUCUAUCCUUUAGAUCUUGCAUAGCAAUUACUGUUGAGGACAAAAUUUGAAGUCUUGAAAACCUAGCUUAGUUGGUUCCCUAAGCUAGCUUAGCUAGAUUAUAGACUAAGCAUUACUAUUAUGUAAUGCUUAUUGACCUGAGUAAAAUGCAUGUAUAUAAUGUUAGUUUGAGUUCAAGUGGGCAUAAAAUGCUAUAGAAAGUCCAUACUUGUGAAAACUUAUUUAAACCUUUUUAAAGUCGGUAAAGCCAUAUUUUAGGGAAGUCUGAGUUAAAGUUAUAAUUUAGCAUGGUUGUGUAAAUGAUUAUGAUAUGUACCCAGGGUAGAGAUCAUCCCAUAAAUAUAAAGUGUCAUCGUCGCUUGAUGGCCUCGAACCAUAUUUGUCAUCAUUUUUUAUCUUUUAACACCCUUUUGUCUUUUGUCCCAUAACCCAACUUUUUCAACUCCAUUUGAUGCUCUUCUUCAUCUGCAUAGCAUAAGAAGGCAUCCUAGUUGGUGUAUUGAGCCUAGGGCACAUAGGCAUGCAAGUGCUCAAAGUGGGACCCCUCUCAGGCGAGCGUUCGAUGAUUCUACUGUCAAAACUGGCUAAGUUGGUUUCUAAAUCUGACUUAGCUAGAAUUCAUAGAGGAGCCACAAAGGAAAGGGGAAACAUAUGUGCAAGAUGAGAAGCUUGUAGUGUAAGAUGAGUGUGAGCACUGCACCAUUGAUUUUGUCAUGAUUGUCAAGUUCUCCACCGUUUUUGUUGUAUGUGAACAGAAGAGAAGACUUGCAAGUCAUCUAGGUGGGCACAACAUCCAUAAGACCAUGACUCCAUGUGUGCCAUGCAUGUGUCAUCAACUAACAGACGCGCACUGCAUGUUUGCUUGCAAAGAAAUCUGGCACCGUUUCCACCACACCAUCUACUAGCUGGCUCUCCAUCUGUCUAGUCUCUAGCCCACUUUUUGUACAUUAGUCCCUCACACCAUACAUCCAUCUUGCUCACUCCUUUUUCUCUCUAUAAACAACUAAAGGAGGCAUCUCUCACAUCAUCAUCAUAUCUCUUUACCCCUUCUUCCCAGCGACAAGAGAAAGGAUUAGAAAAAGGAAAGAUCCAUGGACAUGAUCUCCGGCAGCACUGCAGCAACAUCAACACCCCACAACAACCAACAGGCGGUGAUGUUGUCAUCCCCCAUUAUAAAGGAGGAAGCUAGGGACCCAAAGCAGACACGAGCCAUGCCCCAAAUAGGUGGCAGUGGGGAGCGUAAGCCGAGGCCGCAACUACCUGAGGCGCUCAAGUGCCCACGCUGCGACUCCAACAACACCAAGUUUUGCUACUACAACAAUUAUAGCAUGUCACAACCACGCUACUUUUGCAAGGCUUGCCGCCGCUAUUGGACACAUGGUGGUACCCUCCGCAAUGUCCCCAUUGGUGGUGGGUGUCGCAAGAACAAACAUGCCUCUAGAUUUGUCUUGGGCUCUCACACCUCAUCGUCCUCAUCUGCUACCUAUGCACCAUUAUCCCCUAGCACCAACGCUAGCUCUAGCAAUAUGAGCAUCAACAAACAUAUGAUGAUGGUGCCUAACAUGACGAUGCCUACCCCAACGACAAUGGGCUUAUUCCCUAAUGUGCUCCCAACACUUAUGCCGACAGGUGGAGGCGGGGGCUUUGACUUCACUAUGGACAACCAACAUAGAUCAUUGUCCUUCACACCAAUGUCUCUACCUAGCCAGGGGCCAGUGCCUAUGCUGGCUGCAGGAGGGAGUGAGGCAACACCGUCUUUCCUAGAGAUGCUGAGAGGAGGGAUUUUUCAUGGUAGUAGUAGCUAUAACACAAGUCUCACGAUGAGUGGUGGCAACAAUGGAAUGGACAAGCCAUUUUCGCUGCCAUCAUAUGGUGCAAUGUGCACAAAUGGGUUGAGUGGCUCAACCACUAAUGAUGCCAGACAACUGGUGGGGCCUCAGCAGGAUAACAAGGCCAUCAUGAAGAGCAGUAAUAACAACAAUGGUGUAUCAUUGUUGAACCUCUACUGGAACAAGCACAACAACAACAACAACAACAACAACAACAACAACAACAACAAGGGACAAUAAGGUUAGUGUGCCAGACCGUGGAAGCGUUGCUGCUAUAAAUAAUGCAAUUGGGUAGUAGUACCCAGUGAAAUCAGGAGAGACUAGUAGCCUAGGGUGCAUUUUGAUUUAUUUAGUUUUGGUCAAGAUGACAAGUCAUCAUGAAUCACCCUUUUUAUUCAUUUGCAUGUUUUGAUGAGAGUUCAUUUGCAGUAAGCUAUAUAUCAUUGGAUAAUUAAUCAUUUGGUUGGAUCAUCA